AUGGUGGAGAAGUCACAAAAGAUGUGGCGGAACGAUUUAAUGGAACUUGCAGAAAGAUGCAUGAUUCAAGUACGGAAAAGAGACAUUACAACCUUUAAAAUCAAAAGAAUUCAUAAGCAUGAUCUAAUGAGAGAUCUAUGUUUGUCAAAGGCUAAACAAGAAAGUUUUGUGUUCAUUGUUGAUCAAUCAAAUGCAUCUUCAUCAUCCAUGAUCCGAAAGGUUCGUAGAGCUUCUUCACAAAAGUCUCUCCGGAUACAAUGCAUUAAAAGUCCAAAUCUUCUGUCACUUUUGUUCUUUAAUGGCUUCAGUCCGGAUGAAGAAACUGAAAAACUUUUCCCCAAUAUACUGUUGAACUACAUAGAUAACCAUGAAGAUAAUUUGAAUAAACUGAGAUUGAUUUUCGAGAGUUUGUUGGUUUGUGAUACUGUACCUGUGGCUGUUGGUGUUCUGUUUUCUAAAGCUCAGGGAGCUUGGCGAUACAUGUGCAACAAUUUCAAAUUGCUAAGAGUCCUAAAUUAUAAAAGAAGACUUGAUAAUGAAGUUAUUGCAGGACGCAAGUUACCCAAUGAUAUAGGUAAUCUCAUCCAUUUAAGAUUCUUGAGUCUAAGGGGUAUUGUGUUCUGGUGGAGGAAGUUGCCAUCAUCUUUGGGCAACUUAAGGUGCUUGCUGACCUUGGAUUUAAGACUUGGUAAUAAAGACUCUCAAUCUAUCCAUGUACCUAAUGUGAUAUGGAAGAUGAAGAAACUAAGACAUUUAUAUCUCCCUCUUAAAUAUAAUAGUAAAACAAAGUUGAAGUUGGGUACUUUGAGAAACCUGCAAACACUUGUGAACUUCAACACCAAGAGUUGUUAUCUAAAGGAUCUUAUGAACGUGACAAAUCUUAGAGAGUUGGCGAUUAAAGGCCCAUUCGAGAUCGAAGAUUUUAACGUGGAGGAACUUGAGAAGAAUCCACCUGUCAUUGAAGGCAAAUACCUCUAUUCCUUGUCUAUUAUCGAUCGUGGUGGACGAAUAGACAUGAGACAAUUGAAUCACCUCCUUUCAAGCUGCAUUAGUCUCUGUAAGUUGUGUUUAGAUGUGAAAAUAAAUGAGCUACCAAAGUACAACCACUUGUCUUCGAAUCUUGCUUACAUAAAGUUGAGCUAUUAUAAGGUUGACGAUGAUCCGAUGCCAACACUGGAAAAGCUACCUAACUUAAGGAUUCUUAAAUUGCUUAAUGUAGCUUUAAGAGCAAACAAAAUAGUUUACUCCGCACAAGGGCUGAAGAUACUUCUAGAUGGAUUGAGGUUCAUUGCAACCCUCCAAGAGCUGAAGUUUAAAGACGUGCUAAAGGAACUCAAAGAUAAAGUAGAUGAAGGAGGAGAGGACUUUUACAAGUUCCAGUAUAUUCCUUCUAUCAAAUUCCAAGGUGAAUGUGUUAUCCCAAGCUAA